GCGCGUCCCUGGAGGCGGGCCGGCCCCGCGCUCCCGGCUGAGCGGCGGGGCGGCCUCCGGAGCGCCGGGCGGCGGCGGCGGCCCCGGUGCAGUACUGCCCGAGCCCGGGCGGGGUCUCUGUUCCCCGGCGGAGGCGGUCCCUCGGCCGCGGGAAGCGCCCUCUCUUUCUCUCGCCGCCGCUCCGCGUCUGCGCCCUGGUGCCAGGCGCCCGCUCGGCGCUCCCCUGCGCUCGCCCCGCGCCCACUCCCUGGCAGCCCGGCCGCCGCCGCCGCCGCUCCUCCUACUUCCCCAGCCGCCGCGGCCAUGGCGGACAGCGCCAGCGAGAGCGACACGGACGGCGCGGGGGGCAACAGCGGCGGCUCGGCCGCCAUGCAGUCGUCCUGCUCGUCGACCUCGGGCGGCGGCGGCGGCGGUAGCGGUGGAGGCGGCGGCGGCGGCGGAGGCGGCGGUGGGAAGUCGGGGGGCAUUGUCAUCUCGCCGUUCCGCCUGGAGGAGCUCACCAACCGCCUGGCCUCGCUGCAGCAGGAGAACAAGGUGCUCAAGAUCGAGCUGGAGACCUACAAGCUCAAGUGCAAGGCGCUGCAGGAGGAGAACCGCGACCUGCGCAAAGCCAGCGUGACCAUCCAAGCCAGGGCUGAGCAGGAAGAGGAAUUCAUCAGUAACACAUUAUUCAAGAAAAUCCAGGCUCUGCAGAAGGAGAAGGAAACCCUCGCUGUGAAUUAUGAGAAGGAGGAAGAGUUCCUCACUAAUGAGCUCUCCAGAAAACUGAUGCAGUUGCAGCAUGAGAAAGCCGAACUAGAGCAGCACCUUGAGCAGGAGCAGGAAUUCCAGGUCAACAAGCUGAUGAAGAAAAUUAAGAAGCUGGAGAAUGAUACCAUUUCAAAGCAGCUGACCUUGGAGCAGUUGAGACGAGAGAAGAUUGACCUUGAGAAUACUUUGGAGCAAGAGCAAGAAGCACUAGUUAAUCGUCUCUGGAAAAGAAUGGAUAAACUUGAAGCUGAAAAGCGGAUCUUGCAGGAGAAAUUAGACCAGCCGGUCUCAGCUCCCCCAUCACCCAGAGACAUCUCCAUGGAGAUCGACUCUCCAGAAAACAUGAUGCGCCACAUCCGGUUUUUAAAGAAUGAAGUGGAGAGGCUAAAGAAGCAGCUGAGGGCUGCUCAGUUACAGCACUCGGAGAAGAUGGCGCAGUACCUGGAGGAGGAGCGUCACAUGAGGGAAGAGAACCUGCGGCUGCAGAGGAAGCUGCAGAGGGAGAUGGAGAGGAGGGAAGCCCUCUGCCGGCAGCUCUCCGAGAGCGAGUCCAGCUUGGAAAUGGAUGACGAAAGGUGUUUUAAUGAGAUGUCUGCACAAGGACUAAGACCUCGCACUGUGUCCAGCCCGAUCCCUUACACUCCUUCUCCAAGCUCAAGCAGGCCCAUCUCCCCGGGUGAGUACCUCUGCCCGCUGCUUCUGAGACUGAUUUCUGGUCUGUCAUAUGCAAGCCACACGGUUGGUUUCACGCCACCAACCUCACUGACAAGAGCCGGCAUGUCUUACUACAAUUCCCCGGGUCUUCAUGCGCAGCAUAUGGGAGCAUCCCACGGCAUCACAAGGCCUUCGCCACGGAGAAGCAACAGUCCUGACAAAUUCAAACGGCCCACGCCGCCUCCUUCUCCCAACACACAGACCCCGGUCCAGCCGCCUCCGCCCCCGCCGCCACCCCCGAUGCAGCCCGGGGUCCCCUCGGCAGCCACCACGCAGCCCGCCCCUUCGCAACAUUCGGUGCACCCCUCCUCCCAGCCUUAAUGCAUGUGCUUAGUCUGAAUCUCAUGUUGGGACUCGUACCUACCGUGGAGCCGUCGACUCAAUGCCAAAGGCUUCUUCCCCUGGCAUAUUUGGAUCUGACUUAUUUGCACUGAGGUUAUCUAGGCUUCACCAUUAAUUGUGUUGUAAAUGUUUGUCGGAAACGCAGCCAGUGUUGUGGGUGACAACACUAACCAGACGACUCUUUCCAUCAGUGUUUUACUUGAAUCGACACGUGCGUCCAUUCCUCGGCUGGAA